GCGUUUCACUCCACACCACACUUUUAAAUUUUUAAUAUGAACCACAGACAUCUAUGUCAAGCUUGACAACACCCACAGCUAGCCACCUGACUGAGGAAUCAAUAUUCAGCACAGUUUAUCUGCUGAACCCAGCAAAGGGUUGUAAGGUUUCAAGCUAGAUGGAACUCCUUUUCCUUUGAUAUGUGAUUUGAUACAACAUUGCUUCCUCUGCCCUUUCCUCCAAUGGCUAACAUAGGAGCAUAUGUUCUCUUUAUUUACUGUUUCACACUGUUCAUGGAGCCUGACUAUUCCAAAAGUAACACAUUAGUAAUUGGCCAACAGCUCAAAGACGGUCAGUAUUUGGCUUCUGCUUCAGGGAACUACAAGUUAGGAUUCUUUAGUGGCAGUGGAAGAAAACGUCAUGUGGGAAUAUGGCAUAAACAAGCGGAUGCAGGUAAAGCCAGAACAAAUCAGAAGCUGGUUUUAGAUAUAGACUAUAGAAGAAACGGCUUCCUAAGAAACAUAUGGAGAGAACAAGCUAAUGUGAGAAAGAAGCCACAACCAGUGUGGGUUGCAAAUCGAGACUCCCCACUCUAUGAAAAUUCUGGAAUUCUUACAAUCAGUAAUGAUGGCCACGUGAAAAUCUCACACAAUAGUGGAGAGGACAUUGUACUCUUUUCUGUUCCAUUAGUGAACAAGACAAGUGCUACUCUGCUAGAUUCGGGCAAUUUCGUCGUACAUGAGCCGAAUUCAGAUGGAUCUAUAAAGCAGGUUGUUUCUAACAGCAUGUUUUGUUAAUUUAUUCAAUUUUCAUAAAACAUUACAAUUUACAAGAGUUCCAUGGCAGUUAGGAAACUUUGCUUUCUUCAAUUUAAGUGAGGACCUUCCAGCCUAGCCUUAUCAUAAGCAUGUUUUCAUGAUUAUUUUUAUUCUCUUUGUUGUCAUCAAGUUUGAAUUGUAAGCAGGAAGCAACUGUAUAUCCCAUGUUCUUUUUGUUAAGCUCAAGUUGAUAAUUUUUGGUACCAUAUAUGUUCAUCCAUCUGUACAUUACUUUCUUACACAGGUUUUGUGGCAAAGCUUUGACCAUCCAACCGAUAAACUUCUGCCAGGGAAUGAAACUUGGAAUUAAUACAAAAACUGGGCAUAAAGGGUCACUAACAUCAUGGUCAAGUGACGAAGAUCCUGCGUCAGGCUCCUUCAAACUUGCGAUGGACCCCAAUAACACAAACCAGUUGAUCAUCUGGUUGCAUGAUG